AGGCUACCUCCUCACGUAGUAGAAGUGGUCAUGGAAUAUCAAAAAACUGAAGUAAACUUUCUUUUAAAGGUUAUUUUUAAAUUACUUUUUAAAUUUUAAAUUACUUCUUAAAAGGUAUGUUUGUAUUCCGUAUGAGCUCUUAGCUUGUUAGACUACGCAUUAAACUCGCCAUUUUAUUGCCAGUUAUCCGUUUUUCUGAAUUACGCGGGUUAAUGCGAUUAUACCUGCAGAUUCCCAUUCCUCCCCGCAGCCCUUUACCUUCAGCUUCUCUUACCUCAGUUCCACUCCACAACAGACUGUUUACUCCGUUUUUUACAUUUCAUUUUAUUCCUUCUUUCCUAGGAUUUCUUUCUCCUCCGUUUUUAAAAUGGCCGUUAAGCUUCCGUUUCUGUUUUGGACCUUUCCUUACUUACCUGUUUACCUGCUCAACUGAAUGUUCGAUGGGUGGAGUCAUCUGUUGUGGAGUGGAACUGAGUCUCCCUGCCAGUCACUGACCCAUUAACAUCCUGAAUGAUGGCCCUAUGUAACAUGGUAAUGUGUGAGGGCUGAAAUGUGAGAUCUGACCCACAGUCUCUUUCUCGAGUCGGGAGUAUCUGGAGACGGGACGUGUCAAAAGCAAAAUGGACGGAUCAAUAGCAUGUUUCUAUUGGUCAAUGAUUCGUGGCACUCACCUUGCCACAGUGGUGGCCCGUACGGGGAGGAGAGUCUGGUAUCGAGAGAAGAAAGCAGAAACGGUUCAGCCCGCCAGCCACGCAAAGUAGAGUCCGGGAUGGAUCCUAACCUGAACCGGGGGAGAGGUAGCACAGCCUCUCGUAGCGCUGGCGCGGAUGCUAGAGGGGAUGGCUCAGAUGCAGGAAAGGCAGGCAGCGGUGCACGCUGAGCAGAUGGAGGCGCUGCGUGCACAAGUCUCCCUCCAGACGCAGGCGCUGCGACAGCUGGCCGCCGCCGGCGAGGCCAGCUCCCGGGACCACCAGUCCCGUCCCCAACUCCGGAUCCAGCUCCACAAAAAUGACCGCCGAGGAUGAUGUCCAGGCGUUCACAGAAAGUUUUGAGGUGGCAGCGGAGGCGUGCCAGUGGCCCUUGGUGGAGUGGGUGGUACGUCUCCUGCCCCUCUUAACUGGCGAUGCUCAACAGGCAGCGCAUGGGCUGCCUUCCGGCGCCCGGGCCGAUUACAACUCCGUCAAGAGGGCGGUUCUGGACCGGCUGGGCUGCAGCCCGGAGGAUCAGAGGUGCCGGUUCCGGGAGGCAAACUUGAGGGCGGGAGACCGGCCCUUCGCCUACGCGCAACGCCUGACCGACAUGGCCCGGCGUUGGCUACAGCCAGAAAUCCAGUCCGCGGGGGAGGGGGGGGGGUCGUCGAGCAGGACGUCCUGGAGCGGUUCGUGGAGGGGCUGCCGGAAGGGACGGCCAACUGGGUUCGGUGCCAUCGACCAACCAAUUUAGACAGGGCAGUCACGCUGGUGGAGGACCACCUGGCGCUUUACCCUGGCUCCCAGCAGCAAGAGCGGCCGGAACCGGCUCCCCGGAGGAGACCCCCUCUUCGUGCUGGCCCUUCUCCUCUUCCCCGUGCCUCGACCCCUCCUCUCCCUCAACCUAAUUUCCCCUCUGCUUAUUUUCCCUCUACAGACCCAGGCUCAGUGGCAGGGGGCUCCGCCUCACUGAGGGCUCCUCAGGCGCUUGGUCCGGGGUGUUGGCGGUGCGGGCAGCCGGGUCAUCUGCACCGCGACUGUCCGAUCAUGAAAGUCGGGCAGCUGGUCCGGGUGGUCGGACCGCCCACUUCCGCUCCCGAUCCAGAGGGAGCGUACUGCAUCCCGGUAAGGGUGCAAGGGAGUGAACACCGGGCGCUGUUGGACUCGGGGGCUAUGCAGUCCAUGAUACAACAAAGCCUGGUUCGAUCCGAGGCAUUGGUAAAGGCGUCCUGGGUUUCCGUUCGGCGUGUGCACGGGGAUGUGCACGAGUAUCCUGUAGUACCCGUGGAAAUUCGUUACCAGGGAAAAACGCAUAUUCUGAAGGCUGCGGUUAGCUCCCGGCUCUCGCACCCCCUAAUUUUGGGCACUGAUUGGGCGGGGUUUCGAAAGAUUUCUGGGAACCUGUUUGGGGUGUGACCACGACUGAUAGGGACGUGUGACGUCUGUCCGACACGGCCGAGGGGGGGCGGACCCAGGUGAGUCUCAGGUUGAGACUCCCCGGGUCCCGGUGUUCCAUCCCAUGGAGGAUUUCCCACUCGAGCAGUCUCGGGACGACACCUUACGCUUUGCCUAUGACCAAGUGAUGCGGAUUGAUGGUCAGCAGGUGCGCCCCGAUGCAGUACUCUCUCACCCUUAUUUUUCUAUUAUUAGGGACAGGUUGUAUCGAGUGUGUCGUGACGCUCAGACCGGUGAAGAAACGACCCAGUUGUUGGUACCCAGAAACCGCCGGGAAAUGGUUUUCCAGGCGGCUCAUUACAACCCCAUGGCGGGGCACUUAGGGUAUGAUAAGUCACUACACCGAAUAAUGGCUCGGUUUUACUGGCCGGGCAUUUGGGCGGACGUACGUCGGUGGUGUGCGUCCUGUCCCGAAUGUCAAUUAGUGAACCCCCCGGCCACCCCAAAAGCGCCGUUGCGCCCACUACCCUUAAUAGAGGUUCCCUUUGACCGAAUUGCUAUGGACCUCAUCGGGCCAUUUGAACGGAGCACCCAGGGAUACCGUUUCGUGUUGGUCUUAGUGGAUUAUGCGACCCGGUAUCCCGAAGCAGUGCCGUUGCGCAAUAUUUCAGCUAAGAGUGUUGCGCAAGCUCUGUUUCAAAUUAUCUCCCGGGUCGGAAUCCCGAAAGAGAUUCUGACUGAUCAGGGCACUUCGUUUAUGUCACGUACACUAAAUGAGCUAUACGGAUUACUGGGCGUCCGCUCUAUUAGAACCAGUGUAUACCAUCCCCAAACAGAUGGGCUUGUGGAGCGGUUUAAUAGAACUCUGAAGUCCAUGAUUCGAAAGUUCAUUCACGACGAUAGCCGAAAUUGGGAUAAGUGGUUAGUCCCUCUAUUAUUUGCAGUGCGGGAGGUUCCCCAGGCCUCCACGGGAUUUUCUCCCUUUGAACUGUUAUUCGGUAGAAAACCUCGGGGAAUAUUGGACCUAGUUAAAGAAAGCUGGGAGGACGGUCCAAGCCCCAGCAAAAAUGAGUUGCAAUACGUUAUGGACCUGCGAGCAAAACUCCAUACACUGGGUCGGUUGUCACGGGAGAAUUUGCUCGAGGCUCAGGAACGUCAGCAGAGGCACUACAAUAGAGGGACGAAACUACGUCAAUUCUCGCCGGGAGAUAAAGUCCUGGUAUUACUUCCAACCUCCAGUACAAAAUUACUCGCCAAGUGGCAAGGGCCCUUCGUGGUCACACGACGAGUUGGGGAGGUUGACUAUGAGGUGGAGCGUGCUGAUAGAGAGGGAGCGAAACAGAUUUAUCACCUCAAUUUAUUAAAAGCCUGGAAAGAGGUGGUGGCUGUUUCUCUGGUAACGGUGGAUCAGGAGAGGGACGAGCUGGGGCCGGAGGUAGUAAAUUCAAUCAAUCAGACCCCACCCCUUUCAGAUAGCCACCUCUCGCCAAGUCAGAGAGCAGACCUUGCCAUGUUGCAAAAACGGUUUGCGGAUGUGUUUUCUCCCCUACCAGGACGCACGAACCUCAUACACCACCAUAUCGACACCCCCCCGGGAGUAACGGUACGUUCCCGCCCCUAUAGACUGCCGGAGCACAAAAAGAAAUUGGUGCAGGCAGAAAUAAAGGCCAUGCUGGAGUUGGGUGUAAUAGAGGAGUCCCACAGUGCCUGGAAUAGCCCCAUCGUGCUGGUAAGUAAGCCGGAUGGCUCUAUUCGGUUCUGUGUGGAUUAUAGGAAAGUGAAUGCUGUGUCACAUUUUGAUGCCUAUCCUAUGCCUAGGGUCGACGAACUCCUGGAUCGGCUGGGCACGGCUCGUUUUUCUCGACACUGGAUCUGACUAAGGGCUAUUGGCAGAUUCCCUUGUCUGCAAAGUCCAAAGAGAAAUCGGCUUUCUCUGCUCCGGACGGUUUGUACCAAUUCCGAACACUUCCGUUUGGGUUAUUCGGGGCCCCAGCCACCUUCCAGCGCCUGAUGGAUCGGCUGCUGCGUCCGCAUGCUGCGUAUGCUGCUGCCUAUCUGGAUGAUGUUAUCAUCCACAGUAGCAGCUGGGCACAGCAUAUGCGGCAUGUGGGGCUCACGGCUAACCCAAAGAAGUGUGCGAUUGGCCGAGCGGAGGUACGGUAUUUGGGGUACCACUUGGGAAGUGGACAGGUGCGACCUCUGGUGGAUAAAACCGCGGCGAUUGCGACCUGUCCACGA